AUGAUCCUCAUUGUGUGGGACUGCAGGCGCAUAAGAUGGGUUAUUAAAAGCAGGCCAGAUCCUUCAGGAAGCAACACAGACAAUGGAACUCGUCUUGUCAGAGCAAUCCAGAAUUUCCAAAUCAAAUUAAAUUCCAAGCUCCAAGAGCUGAGGAAAGGCCUAGUAAUGAAGGUUCUUUUCUUCUUACUAGGUUUUUACUGUGUGACCGCAUUUGCAAUAGUUAUAGGGCAAACAGGUGACUGGGAUAUUCUCUCUGCUAGCAUUGCCGUCAUUGUGAUCGAGCCCAUUGGUGCUCUCAUGUACAAGGCUUCUUUCCAUAUACUGGACAAACUCAAAAGCCUCAUCGCAUUUUUCAACUAUUGGAAGGCAGGUCUUUCCCUGGGGUUGUUCUUAGAUGCGUUCAAGUAUGAAGUGGAUACUUUCUUUUAA